AUGUAUAUCACGAGAUUAGCAGGUCUCGCAGGCCUUCUGGUCAGCCUAGCAAGCGCUCAAACAACAACACUGCAAGCCGAGUCAGCAACACUAUCUGGUGUCACCGUCGCCACUGCAGUCGCCGGAUACUCUGGUACUGGGUACGUCGAAGGUUUCGACGAAGGAACAGACAAAAUAACCUUCACUGUCCCUGCCACAACCUCGCAGCUCUACGAUCUCAAGCUUGUGUACAACGGCCCUUACGGCGACAAGUACACCUACGUAGUGCUCAACAGUGCUGGCGGGUCCCAAGUCUCCCUUCCUGCCACCACAACAUGGACGACCGUCUCAGCAGGUCAGGUCCUACUCGAUGCUGGUUCCAACACCAUUGAGAUCCAGAACAACUGGGGCUGGUACCUCAUCGACUCCAUCAUCCUGUCUCCCAGCCCCAAGCGCGGCGCGCACAAGGUCACCACAACGCCCGUGUCACCAAACGCCAACGCAGACGCAAAGGCGCUGUUGAAGUACCUCGGAAGCAUCUACGGCAAGAACAUCCUCUCCGGCCAACAAGACCAAGCGUCUCUCGACUGGGUGACCACCAACGUCGGCAAGACCCCCGCCAUCCUCGGACUCGACCUGAUGGACUACACGGAGAGCCGCAUCAGCCAUGGCGCCAGCUCAACCGACGUGGACAAAGCCAUCGCCUUUAACAAAAAAGGAGGCAUCAUCACUUUCGUCUGGCACUGGGGCGCCCCUACAGGUCUGUACGACAACGCGACACAGCCCUGGUACAGCGGCUUCUACACCGCAGCGACCGACUUCAACAUCGAGACUGCGCUGAAGGAUACUACGAAUGCGAAUUACACGCUCCUCAUCAAGGACAUCGACAGCAUCGCCGUGCAGCUGAAGAAGCUGCAGGACAACGGCGUACCUGUGCUUUUCAGGCCGCUGCACGAGGCCGAGGGCAAGUGGUUCUGGUGGGGCGCCCAGGGCCCCGAGCCAGCGAAGAAACUGUAUAAAAUCGUCUUCGAUCGAUUGACGCGCGUGCACAAGCUGCAGAAUCUGGUUUGGGUGUGGAAUUCGGUCGCCAAGGACUGGUACCCCGGCAACUCGUACGUCGACAUCGUCAGCGCCGACACCUACACCCAAAACGACCAUGGCCCGAUAUCCGCAACCUACAACGCGCUGCUCUCCCUCACCGGCGACACGAAGCUCAUCGCCGCGGCUGAAAUCGGCAGCGUCAUGGAGCCUGCGCAGCUGAAAGCGUACCAGGCUGAUUGGGUCUACUUCUGCAUCUGGAGCGGGGAUUAUAUCAGCGCCGGGGUGUGGAAUUCGUUGGAUUUGCUCAAGAGGGUUUAUGCGGAUGUGUAUGUGCUUACGCUGGAUGAGAUUCAGGGGUGGCGGAAGAAGUAG